AGGGGCUGGGUGGUCCGGCCUGCUGUGCUGGCAGCAGUAGGCCAGGGCGCGGCUGCGGGGUUCCCGGGGCUGAAGACCAACGCCAUCGGAACCCCGGGGAAGGUAAGGAUUCAGCUCCAGACAGGACCGGGAGAGGGCGAGUGGCGCCCGAUACGUUGCGCCCUUCUCCCCUCUCCGGAUCUGAACAAAGCCCAAGCACACAGAACCGGAACCCCAUUAGACCAGAGGUCUAGAUGGGAGCCUCCCCCUCUUGAACACCAGACUCUGGAGCGCUGAUCCGAGCCCUUUUUAUAAGUGAAACCAGUACCCGAACGAGCCCUUUCAGCAGACCUGUGUGUUCUGUCUGAGCUGAGCUUCCUUAGCCUGGAGGCCCCACCCCCACCUCUCCUAGAUUACUACAACCGAGCUGACCGCUUGCCCCCUUCCUGGAGUGCCAGUCCUUGGAUUUGAGAUCUCCAGUGCUCCAAAUGGAGCCUCAGCUAGGUCCUAGACCCUCAUCUCAUCCACCCCUAGCGCUCCAGCAGGAGCCCCACCUAGACCGGGAUUCAGCUGAAUCCCCCCUCCCAGACCUGGCCGAAAGGGCCCUGGGAUUCUGUUUCUCAGAGCUUUGUCUGAGUCCUCCGUCUGCUUCCCUUUCAUCCUGAUGCCCUGCUCUGGCCCUUAAAUUCAAGCCCUUUGUUUUCUCCUCUCUCAAUACAUCCUCUUUGGGACUUUUGGGACCCCACCCCUCCAGGACACCUCCUACUCCAAUCCAGCUGCUAAGACAGCCGCCUGCCAAUCCUAAACUCUCACUCACUUCAGGGUGAGAUAUAUCCCUUUCCUAGGGCUCUGUCCCUGAGGGAGUCUACCCCCAUUAGGCACUCCCACCCCCCUGUAUUGUCUACGGCCUAGUAACCUGAUGAUCGUUGCCCUUCACCUCCUGAGAGAUCCCGCCUCCCACUGGAUCCCGCCGCCUCCCCCCUGCAGCUUCCUCACCCUUCUCUCAGGCUGAGCUCUCUCUCCUGGGGACUCGCAGCAUGGCUGAGGGAAACUACAGCGUGGAAUCGUAAAACUGCAGUCUUGAAGACAUGGAUGAAGGGAGGGACGAGGUCAGGGAAGAAGAGAUGGUCGAAGGCAACGACUAUGAAGAAUUUGGUGCUUUUGGUGGCUAUGGCACCCUCACCAGCUUUGACAUCCACAUCCUCAGAGCCUUUGGCAGCUUGGGUCCAGGCCUCCGCAUCUUAUCGGUGAAGCCCCUUCUGGGCCACCUUUGAAGGCGGAAAGGGGUGGGAUGAAGUGGAAAAUCGAGUGGAGGAGGAAUGCCCAGCUUCCCCAAACCUUCCCUCACCUGCUGGGAGGAGGAGGAGGAGGAAGAGGAAGAGGAGGAGGAGGAGAAGGAGUUUUGGGGAAGGUCUUGGGAUGGUCAGGGCUGGCUUCUGGAGGGAGGCUGGUCAGCACAGGGAAGCAUGACACAAGUGUGUAGGGUGGUCUGGCUCUCUACCCUUCUGUCUGGCCUUGCAGAAUGAGCCCUGGGAACUGGAAAACCCUGUGCUAGCCCAGACCCUGGUAGAGGCAUUGCAACUGGAUCCAGAAACACUUGCCAAUGAGACGGCUGCCCGUGCUGCCAACGUCGCCUGCGCUGCAGCCUCCAACCGUGCAGCUUGGUCUGCCCCUGCCCGUACCUCCUUCAACCAGGUGGUCACUAACCACUGGGUGGCUGCACCACAGGCCUCAAGAGACCAUACUCAGCCCACGACCUACACUGAGGCUUGGGGGGGUGACCCCUGAGACACCCCUGGCUUCUCCACAGAUCUCCCAGAUGUUUGUCACCAGUGAGGUGGCUGCCCCUGAGGCUCCAGCAACCUCCACGCAGUAUCAUAUAGCCUCCCCGGCCCAGAAGUCCACUACUGGGGCCCCUAGUACUGCUUGUGUUUCCUCUCAGGCCCCAUGUGCCAGUGAGGUGGAUGCCACCCGACCCAAGACAGUCUUCCUGGGCCAGAACAAUGUCUUUGAUUUCACUCAGCUGGCAGGUGUCAGUGGCAUGGCUUUCCCACGCCCCAAGAGACUUACCCCAGCCCAAGAGACUGACGCAGAGGGCCCCAGUGUUGCCUCCAGUGUGCCCCAGGCAGCACCUGCGAGGGAGGCAGCAGCCGCCCAGCCCAAGGCGACCAAGUCUGGGAAGGCUGUGGCUAAGACUCGGUGGGUGGAGCCUCAGAAUGUUGUGGCAGCAGCUGCUGCCAAGGCCAAGAUGGCCACAAGCAUCCCUGAGCCUGAGGGUGCAGCUGCCACUGCUCAGCACAAUGCUGAGCCCUGGGCCAGGAUGGGUGGCAAGAGGACGAAGAAGUCCAAGCACCUGGAUGACGAAUAUGAGAGCAGCGAGGAGGAAAGAGAGCCUCCUAUGGUCCCAGCGACCUGGAGAGCAUCACAGCCCUCGUUGACAGAGCGGGCUCAGUUGGCCCCUCGGUCCCCGGUGGCCCUGAGGUCCCAGAUACCUUUAAGGCACGUACUGUGCUUGCCCCCUCGCAAUGCGACCCUUCUGCAAGAGAGGGCUAAUAAGUUGGUGAAAUACCUGAUGAUUAAGGACUACAAGAAGAUCCCCAUUAAGCGUUCAGACAUGCUGAAGGACAUCAUCCGAGAAUACGACGAACGUUUCCCUGAGAUCAUUGAACGGGCAACAUACACUCUGGAAAAGAAAUUUGGCAUCCACCUAAAGGAAAUUGACAAAGAAGAACACCUGUAUAUUCUGGUCUGCACACGGGAUUCCUCAGCUCGCCUCCUCGGAAAGACCAAGGACACUCCAAGGCUGAGUCUCCUCUUGGUGAUUCUGGGUGUCAUCUUCAUGAAUGGCAACCAUGCCAGCGAGGCUGUCCUCUGGGAAGCACUACGCAAGAUGGGACUACGCCCUGGGGUGAGGCACCCGUUCCUUGGCGAUCUGAGGAAGCUCAUCACAGAUGACUUUGUGAGGCAGAAGUACCUGGAAUACAAGAAGAUCCCCAACAUCAGCCCCCCUGAGUACGAGUUCCUGUGGGGCCUGCGAGCCCUCCAUGAGACCAGCAAGAUGAGGGUCCUGAGAUUCAUUGCCCAGCAUCAGAAUCGAGACCCACGGGAAUGGAAGGCUCAUUUCUUAGAGGCCGUGGAUGAUGCUUUCAAGACUGUGGAUGUGGAUAUGGCUGAGGAACAUAACAGGGCCCAGGUGAGGGCCCAUAUGAAUAUCGGGGACGAAGCUCUGAUUGGACGGUGGAGCUGGGAUGACAUACAGGCCGAGCUCCUGACCUGGGACGAAGACGGAGAUUUUAGCGAUGCUUGGGCCAGGAUACCCUUUGCUUUCUGGGCCAGAUACCAUCAGUACAUUCUGAAUAGCAACCGCGCCAACAGGAGGGCUACCUGGAGAGCUGGUGUCAGCAGUGGCACUAACAGUGGGUUCAGCACCAGCAUCCUAGAUGGCCCCAGCACCAGCUCUACCAUCCGGACCCGAAAUGGUGCCAGGGCUGGCACCAGCUUCUUCUCCUGGAUCCAACACCGUUGAUGAACUGCAGCAGUCUUACUCAUCAAGCCAGGGUGCCUCCUCAGAUUCCUUCUGAACACAGCACUCUAGGUAGCUUCUACCUGUCAGUUGGAGGUGGCAUUCAAGAUGAAGCUUUCUUUGCUCUCCCUGCUUUCAUUGUGUGUUUUUUCUUGUGGUGUCAUGUUUUUGGUAUCAGUGUUACAUUAAAGUUACAGAAUUAA